GAGGGUAACAAGUAUCAGUUUUCUUGUGUAAGUGUAUUAGGGUUAUAUCGGGCGUUAUCGGAGCGUUGCGGUGUUCUGGAAGGUGGUGAGUAUUCCACGGACUCUCCCUGCGUUCCUGUUGCUCCCACGGGCCGUCUGCUGCUUUGCCUACUGAUGGCCUGCUUGACCCUGCCUGCCCGUCCUGCUCGCGUCCUGCCCAUGCCAACCACCACCCUGCCACCCUGUAUGCAAGUUUCCCGAAUUACGGAGCUUUGGUGUUCUGGAUUCGUCUCGCUCCUUCAUUCUCUGCACAUGACAGAGAGGACUGGCCCAUAUAGGAGGUCAGGGCGGGCGCCAGGUGUUGCAGGCCUCACGACGCCCUUUGUGAGGUGUGAGGGUCUCGUAGGGCGUGGAGGAGGCGUGGAGGAGUGAGGAGGAGGUGACACGAAGCCCGUAUUUCUAUUCGUUUCGUGAUGUGCGGAAGGCAGAACGCUGAUGAGGGAAGAGGAGAACCAUGAAAACAGAAGUACAAGGGAGUCCUCGCAGGGCCUCAGCGAGUCUCUGGCGUGUUCGGGAAGCCUAAGACUGGGAACUUCUGCCAGUAUUGUCAGUUUACGAAGGAGAACAAAGAGGAGAGGAAAUGAAGGUCAAGUUAGUGAUGGAAAGAUCAGCAUCGAGUCAGCGUGAUCGGACAGCAGGAGCGACAGCCCGGCCCAUCGCCCAUCGCACCUAAUAAGUCACUGCCCAUGGUGUUUGUGAGCAAUGGAGUCCAGCUAAUACUCUGCCGGCAACUGUCUUGAGCAAUUUCAUUAUCGACUUCCACAGCAACAAUCCAGAGAGUGUUUAGCUGCGCCCCGCUCCGCCGUCCCUGAUGGUCCCGGGUGCCCCACCGGGCCGCUGCUGCCGGGCCGGGGGGCUAAGCGGCACCUGCACUGAGGGGAACAUUGUGCGUAGUCAGCAACAGAUGGUGCUGAGAGGUGUAGCUGUCUAACCUGACGCUGAUCACAUCUUUGGGUCUUCACGGGGUGUGCGUAGGAAGAGAAUAUUUAAAGGAGUGCGUGAAAUGAGAUAUGCGUGGCAGUGAUGAGUGUGCGGGAGCUGUGUGUUCGACUUCCUUGCCUUAGAUACCAGUGGCUGGGCGUGGCGGACGCUGGGUGCGGACAGUAACCUGGCGGCGGGCUGGGCUGGGCUGCUAUGUUGCUCCCUGCGGCCAGUCCGCCGGUCCUUGCCCCUCGCUUACACUGCGGGAACCUCCUCCACCCGCCUGUCGACACCCGCCGCGACGGACCGUGUGGGCUGACCUGCUGACCCGCCAUGAACGCCUCUGAGCUGGCAGAGCUCUGUGACGGGGCAGGAAAUAACACCACCGCCGCGGCUGACCGCGUCACCUCACCCAGUGGCAGUAUCGUGACAGUAUCGUGUGGGAGGAGGGGAGAGGAGAAAGGAGGGAGGCUUUCAGGUGAGGCCGCAACACAGCUCUCUCUGCUCUCCUGGAUCUCCACACGAGUCUAUACCUGUUAUCAAGACACCACCUGUGAAAAUACAAAGGAGACACUGCAGGAGGCGUUGCGUAAGGUGGACAGUUAAUGAAGGCCCUGAAGGAGGAGAAAAGCAGCAGGUCCUUCACAAUGGAAAGGAACACGAAAGGAAAGGAAGUCUUUGAAAUCCUUGGCAGAAAUUACGAAGAUGCGAUGAGGGCCUGGAGUUGCAGAUGAGUAUUUGUUUCCCUCAUUAAUAUUUAGUAGUGCUCUUCAAAUUAACUUAUUCAGUGGUUCUUGUUCUGUUCUGCUGUCGAUCUGAAAUGAUAACUUUUACAUCAGAUGUUUACCAAAUAGUAAGAAUAAAAGACAAAGUUAUAAAUAUUCGUCCUUCAUUAUUUUUUUUUUCAAAUUUAGCUCUUUGAUUCUUUUAAUCUAGUUCCGAUGUUAAAGUGGAAUGGUAACAUUAAGUAGAAAAGGUGGCAGAAAGAGAAACAUAGUCUGGAGUAGGGAUAUUAUGCUAUUUUGUGCUUCUACUGUAAGUCUUCGGAGAAAACUUCCAUUAGAUAUAUUAAAGAGAAGCUGAUUGAAACAGGGCAGCUUCAGGUUGGAAGGCUGUGAGCCUUUACUAUAGUUCCCCUUCUUAUUCAUUCAACUGACCUCGGAGUAGUGGAGGGAAGGAGCACCGAAUGGAGAAACUUUACCCAGAAAACACUAUCAAGAUACAGCAAUUAGAUAAAUAUAGAUGUAUCCACAAAGUUAUUUACACAAAAAGAAUAUGUAUACGCUUGAGUUUAACUAGUGCUGGAAAGAAAGAACAUUUACAUGCAAAUCUUUUUUUUUACGAAAGUUAGCCAUUGCCACAGGAUCUUUAAACAGAAAACGUUGCGUGACGUCACUCUGCAACUUGGCCCGCCGGAGCAAACAUCGAUAUUCUGCCGCGUCACUCGCUUUCGUCCCAACUCUGAAAGUAUCGCCCACUCUGAAAACAAGACCUGGAAACUAAUACUUUCUAAAUCGCGCAUCUGUCGUCACUCAGAUGGAAGCAUUUUACCACUACUUGUAUAAUGCCACCCUGCUGAACCAAGAAAUACUAAGGUUGACUCACUGGACAGCUGUUUGCAUAAUCUAGCACGAGGGGGAGCAGGAGAGACACCGCUGGAGUGAUAGGUCAGUCGGGGACCAGCCGCUGGAGGGGACACGCCGCCUCCUGGAGAUCGCCAGGCGGGCAGACGAGGGGGCGAGUAAGGGCCUGACGCGAUGGUCCACUGCCGGAGGGAAGCAGCGGGUGUGAUGUGUCUUAUCCUCCUCCUUGGACGCUGCCAAAGCCUUCUUAGGAACACCGUCUCUGCUGCCCCGGUGCUGCUGACUCGCGAAGACCUCAAGUUUCUCUUUGAUGAUAGUGACGAUGUCCCCAGCCACUCCAUCGUCCACCUUCGCUCCAAAUCCCGGGAGAAGCGCUCAUCCCCGGGACUCACAGAAAACCCGGGGCUCCUUGACGUGACCAUCGAGGACCACGGCAAGCAGGUAGAGUUUGAACUGAGGCCGAAUAAUCAACUGGUGUCGCCGGAGUUCGUAUUGGUGGUGCGCAGUGCUGACGGCGUGGUGAGGGAGCGCGGCGCCACCAGGCCUUCCUGUGUGUUUUCUGGUGUUGCGAAAGGACACCCAGAAAUCACCGCCGCUUUGUCUGACUGUGAUGGCCAUGGAUUUACUGGCGUCAUCAUCUCGGGGAAUGAAACUCACAUGAUAAGGCCGCAUCCUGGACUGCGUCGGCGGCGGCGACAAGCGAUCAUAGACGGGGAAGAAGGUCUCACGCCGGACGGCUUACACAUCAUCCACGCCAGGAAAAAGAACAUGAAGUGCGGAGUUUUCGACCUAGAAGCCAUGAAGGCGCCGCGCGUGCUAGUGGAGCUGCCACAGGAAGAGGCGACGAGCCAGGAUGAACAGGAUACAGACAGAGCCAAGCGGGAGGCGACGGACGAACUGAAGAUCGAGACAGCAGUGUUCGUGGACGACGACAUGGUGACGUUCAUCAAGGAGAGGUACCCGCGUCUGGAAGUGAAGGAGACCAUCACGGACACGGUCUUCGCCAUCAUGAACGGGGUGGCUCUGCUGUACACGGCGCCGUCCCUCCAGCAGCACCUCAUCAUCACUGUGGUCAAGCUGGAGAUCAUUGAGGACAGCACCAAGGGACCUGACAAAGCGCACGGCAACAUUCAACUGUACCUCAGUAAUUUCUGUUCGUGGCAAAGGAACCAGAAAGGCAAGAUGCGUGAGAACUGGGACCACGCCCUCAUGUUAUCUGGAUUAGACUUGUGGGAUGGAGACCCGGACUCAACUUCCGUCAUAGGCCUAGCAUGGGUGGCGGGGAUGUGUCAAGCCAGCUAUUCGUGUACCAUCAACGAGGGCACCAGCUUUGAGUCUGUCUUCGUCAUCACCCACGAGCUCGGCCACAACCUCGGUAUGUCCCACGACGGCUCGCGGGACGACAAGAACACAUGCAGUGCAAACAAACACCUCAUGUCCUCGUCGACGGGCCCCGGGAAGGUGACAUGGUCUUCCUGCUCCAACCGAGAGCUGAAGGAUUUCCUGAGCAAAUACACCCUUGAGUGUCUGACAACGACCUCUCUGGUGCCACGGAAAGGAAGCAUCAACGGGGACAGUCUGCCCGGGGAGGUGUACUCCAAAGAGGAACAGUGCAAUUUUGCUGAGGGCUCUGGAUUCAAGCCUUACGUAACCUCCAAACACCCAUAUAACGAUGUGUGUCGAGAGCUGUGGUGCCAGAACACGACACAUGCCCUCCGCACACAUCCGGCGCUAGAGGGCACCACCUGCGGCAUUAAGAAGUUCUGUAUCAACGGGAACUGUCAGAUCAAGCCGCCCAGGAAGGUCACCGUCACAACGCCUCCCGUCACCACCACUACCACUACUACCAGGGCUCCGCGCAAAGAGUCCAAGGGGUUCUCAAACCUCCUCUGGCGCAUCAGGAAUUUGUUUAAGAGAUACAUGUCCCUGCGGCAAGAACUCCCAGCCAGUGUGUUCACCUCCACGUGGCGGCUGACACAGUCCUCCCAGUGCUCAGCCACGUGCGGGGGAGGCUGGACCAAGGGCGAGAUUACCUGUACCACGGCUGAUGGCAGUGUGCGUCUCGGGGACGACCUGUGUAAUCCUGACUCCCGCCCAGUGCCAUGGUCGUCUUGCAACACCAGCCCCUGUGCCUCCUCAGAUGGCAGCGGUGGUGGUGGCAUCCUUUUCCCGAGCGACUGACUGUGGUGGUGGUGGAGGAGGAGGAGGAGGCGUUGCCCUACCUCCCCUGCCUCACUGUUUUCUCUUCUCUGUCUGGUCCUCAUCUAUUCUUUACUUUCUUUUUCCUACUGUUUCGUAAUCCUCGUUGUAUCGUUCCCUCCUGCGUCCCGCCUUCACCAAUUUGUGUCAUCACUGCACUCACUCCGUCCAUCUCUUGUGAUACUUUCGAUAUCUUUACGAAAACUGUAUUCCAUUAAUGCUCACCGUUCCAUCACGUCAACAUACUAUUAGACAAACGCAAUGUGUCUAUGGCAGUAUUUUCAAGGUACGAGUUAGUUAUGUAUGUAUCUCUAUAUAAUACGUAUAUUUUUUCAUCAUGCUGACCACGACACAACUCAAACAAACACGUCAUAACCGCCCUGUAGUAUUCCCUAUAUACUGACUAGUUGUUCCCUAAGAGUAGAUAUAAUAAAAGAUUAUAUUUUCAUUAAUAAUGAAGAAAACAAGGCACGUAAAUACUUGUAUGUGUGUAUGGCAGUGGGAGGGAGAGGAAGGUAGAAAGUUAAAGAAAGAGGUGAGGAGUUGGUCCUCCCGUCCAUGACUUUUAGACAACCGCAAUGAUCUGUGAUAAUGACACGAAUAAAGGCAUGACGUC